CUGACAUCUACAAAUCUAAGCAAACAAAAACAAAAGUCUGAAAAAAGGGCUUCAAAGAAGCUUCCUUGAUGGAAAUCCCCAUGAAAUUAACUCGUUAACUUAUUCAAAUGCCCUUCCAGCAUGGGUUGAUUCUUACCACUUUCUGCGAAAGACCCAACAAUCAAUUCGAGCUCUUUAUAAUGAGGAAUUGCAGCAGACAUCAGACGCCAUUGUGGAAUGCAUUAGCAGAUUUUCAUACCGUUUUUUGAGAAUUCAAUUUCAAUUCUUUUCACAGAGCUCCGAAAAUGGUGCAUGGUAUGAUAAGAAGCCUUGCAGCUUUUUAUGUUUCUCUCAUGUCUAUGUUCUGGGUAAGUACUGUAUCUCUGGCCCUCAGUUGGGCUCUGCAAUUUUACUCUGCUUUUGUUCAUGAUUUUGCAAUUGAGAUUAUCAAAACAGGGUUUUUUGGACUUUUAAUUGCAAAAAACUCUGAGAUCAUGCCCGAUGAAGGAUGCCCAACUUCUGAAUCUGUGAAAAAUGAGAUGGGUAGUCUUUCUGAGGAUGAAAAAUGGCUGGAGAAUGUGAAAAAAUGGGAGCUUGCUAGAAUUUUCUCUGGUUUGGACAGAAACAGAGAUGGCAUGGUGAGUGCAGAUGAUAUACAAGGUUUGUUGGAGAAGUUUGGGCUCCAUUACUGCUGUGAUGAAAGUACGAAAAUCUUGAUGAAUUUUCCAGAACAUAUGAACUUUGAUGAAUUUUGCAGAGCUUGUCUGAGUCUUUUGGAAGAGGCUCAAUCUUCUGAAAGCAGAGAAGAUGUAAAGGAGGAAGGGGAAUUGAGGGAAGCAUUCUGUGUUUUUGACAAAGAUGGUGAUGGUUUCAUUGCCCCAUCUGAUCUUCAACUAGUCUUGCUCAGCCUGGGUUUCAGAGAAGCACAAGACUUGGAGAAUUGUGAAGCAAUGAUAACAAGAUUUGACAAGAAUUCUGACGGUAGGAUAGAUUUUGAUGAGUUUGAGAAUAUGUUUUCGCCGUUUAACAGACACUAAGAGAAAUUUUUAAUUGAAAAUUCUGUCUUUUGGACUCUGAAAAUUGUUUUCAGUUUUUUGAAGUUUAUAGUGAUGGAAUUGAAAUAUUGCUGUGAAUCAUUAUUCAAUGACAGCUCCAUGAAUUCCACACUCUGUAUUUAAAAGCAUUUUUUAAAAUUAACUAAUCAAAGCAAAU